UUUCGAAAACGAUUUUGCGAUACUGGAGUUACAAAAGAUACGAACAGUGUUGUUUUUUUUUUUUCGAUUAUCUUUUGUAUCUUUGUUACAAAUUAACAAUUAGUUGUUAUUUCAAAUCAGCAUUUUUGAUAAGAAUUAUUUCGAUAAGUAUUAUCAUGAAAAAAAUAAAAUAAUACCCAUUUGCAGGAAGAUAUUUUUGUUGAAGAUCUACGGUAGAAUUCCAUUUAUUUGAACCAAAUUUUAGGUAAUACUCUGUCUCUCUCUCUCUGGUUGAACUUGUUUAUUUAAACUUAUUUAAACUCCUAUUACAUAAACUCCUAUUAUAUAAACUCCAAUUAUAUAAACUAUUUGUUUCUCGAUAAGUUCGUAUAAACGGAGUUCUGCUGUACUUAGUUAUGUCGUAAUACAAAGAAGUAUGAAACGAAGUUCACAAACGAGGGUUGAAUAGCUCUGCACUUCGCUGUGGAACGAAGAAUUAUCGAUAAUUAUAGGUGAUUGGCGAUAAUUCUCACGAAACGCCUUAUCUCCACGCAUAUACCGAUAAAUAUACUUAUCGGUGCUGAAAACUCGAAGUCUCACGCUGUCUGUUACCAUCAUUUACCAUCUCGUGAACUUCUCUGCUGUUUAAAUCAUUUAUUAUAUCAAUUUGGCACAGAUCAAACUAAGAACAGACGCACGUAAAGCUUCGAAAACAAACGCGAGCGUGACUUCAAGUAGCUAGCACCAAAGUUGCUGACAAACAUUCUACAGAUACGAAUCUACAUGAUAAAUACUAGAUUUAAUCCAUCAUGUGAUCAAGCAUUCAUAAUCCAAAUAGAUAACAAUAAUAAUGAUAAAAUUCGGCCUAACGCUUUUUAUGUAUUUCCAGAUGUGGUAUUCCAUUGUGGUUCGAAGUUUGGACAACUGCGAGUUAUUCUCUUCUUGUCCAAGGCGCAUCCCCAAGGACAGGAUCGUCGAAACACGGCACUUUUAUCGAUGCUUGAACAAUACCGGAUGAACCUCGAAUCUUGGAAUCAUUGACUCUUGGUAGUUUAAAGCUAAAGGAAGGCCACCGCUCGGAAAUUGAUAGUGAUUCUUCGCUACAUGCGAAGGACAAGCGACCGGAAGUGAAAAGGCUCGAUUGCCAUGGCGAGCCGAUUGUGGAAGAUAUUGUCCCGAAGACGGAUCGAUGACGACAUCAAGGACAACAACGAGCUAGCAAGGGUUUUGGGCUUGUUCGACCUGACGGCGCUUGGGGUCGGUUCAACCCUCGGCCUCGGUGUCUAUGUCCUCGCCGGCAGCAUCGCCAAAGAGACGGCUGGCCCGGCUGUCUGCAUCUCCUUCCUCAUUGCUGCCAUCGCUUCCGCAUUUGCCGGCAUGUGUUACGCAGAGUUUGCUUCUAGAGUUCCCAAGGCAGGAUCCGCGUAUGUUUACAGCUACGUGACAGUGGGAGAGUUCAUUGCAUUCAUUAUAGGAUGGAACUUAAUGUUGGAGUAUAUAAUUGGUACAGCAAGCGUCGCUCGAGGACUCAGCGGUUACUUGGAUGCUCUGAUUGGAGAUGUGAUGCGCAAGACGUUACAGGCCGUGAUGCCUAUAAAUAUCGAAUAUCUAUCAGAGUAUCCAGAUUUCUUCGCAUUUGGUCUGGUAAUGCUUCUUAUAAUCUUGCUCAGUGUGGGAGUGAAGGAAUCGUCAAUUUUAAAUAAUAUAUUCACUGUAAUAAACCUAACUACUAUCGUGAUAAUCAUAGUGGCAGGAUCCAUGAAAGCUGACCCGGCUAAUUGGAGGAUACCGGUAGAAGAUAUACACAACGCAACAAAUCCAGGAUCGGGAGGCUUUAUGCCCUUUGGCAUAAGCGGGGUGAUGAUCGGAGCGGCAAAAUGUUUUUUCGGUUUCGUCGGUUUCGAUGCUGUGGCAACUACCGGUGAAGAAGCUAAGAAUCCUCAACGCAAUAUACCCAUAGCCAUCGUUAUUUCCUUAAUUAUAAUCUUUACGGCUUAUUUUAGUAUCUCGACCGUGUUAACUAUGAUGUGGCCUUAUUACGAUCAGAACGUCGAUACACCGUUUCCAUAUGUUUUCGAUCAAAUUGGAUGGCCUACGGUUAAAUGGAUUGUUAAUAUUGGCGCGGCAUUUGCAUUGUGUACGAGCAUGCUUGGUGCGAUGUUCCCCUUGCCAAGGAUACUGUACGCAAUGGGCAGCGACGGAGUGAUUUUCAAGCAACUUGCAAUCGUAAAUCCAAGAACGAUGACACCUAUUUGGGGCACAGUGGUCUCCGGUCUACUUAUAGGAGUAAUGACACUUAUUUUUAAUCUUCAGCAACUGAUUGACAUGAUGUCUAUAGGGACGUUGUUGGCAUACACAAUAGUGGCGAUAUCCGUUCUAAUAUUGAGAUAUCAAGCGAAGGAGAAUAGAUCAAAUAUUCAUUCUGUAUCAGCAAUGAAUGAGUACAAAGUAACACCGGUCAAUAUUUUAAAACAAAUUAUUAAUUUACAGAAUCAGAAAGAGAUAACUGAGAUGUCAAAUAAAGUUGCAACAUACAGUAUCAUUAUAUUUAUCACCGGAAUUUUUAUUAAUUAUACUGAUACCACAGCAUUAGGCAGCAAUGUGAUAGAAUUAGUGAUAUUAAUCGUACUUGUAAACAUGUUGUUAUUAAUAAUGGUUAUUAUUGCAAGACAACCUACCCAAGAUAUUGACUUAGCAUUUAAGGUACCAUUAGUACCACUUCUUCCAUGUUGUAGUAUUUUCAUAAACUUUUAUUUGAUGUUGCAGUUGGAUGGUUUUACUUGGAUAAGAUUUGCUAUCUGGAUGUUUAUAGGUUUUUCUAUCUAUUUUUUUUAUGGCAUAUCUCACAGUGAACAAGGAAAAAGAGAUAAAAGAGAGGCUGAAAUGAUAAAACGAAAAUAUUCAGAUCAAAUUAGAAUCGUAACCAGAUUCUAAUAAUCUCGCUACAUGUGAUAUUUUUUUUAUAUAUAUUUAAAUAAAUAUUUGCUCUAAGAGAAAAACUUUAGCUAUUACACAUGUGACUAUUGUGACAAUUUUAAAAUAUAUUUUAAUAUUAGAUCAUUCAAUAUCAUUCAUUUUUUAAUAAGUAUAAAACAUUAGAAAUAGGAUAUCAUUCUAAUUGUACAGAUUAUUUUUACAUGUUAUUCUCAUAGAGCAAAACUUUAGAAUUAUUUCGUUGAAAAAACCUGAGAUAUUGUAUAAUAUAUAAGAUUUUAUGAAAACUUUUGUUUUCUUUUGUAUCUAUACACUAAAAUGUACUAACAUAAUGUACAUAUUUUAUUAUAUUAUUUAGAUACUGA